CGGACAAGUUCCUUGGUAAACAUAAGAGUAUUCUUUCUCUAUUUGCGUUUAUAUAAAAUGAUUGCAGUAGUUAAAGACGUCUUCGUAAACAAAGGUCCAAAAUAAAACAGUUCACUAGCCUUGAAGUGUUUUAAAUUAUCAUGGCAUACACCUAUUAAAUAUUAAUUAAAGUCACCUACUAAACGACUAAACCUUAGUAAAUUCUGUUGAUAAUUUUUCUUAUCACUAUUAUUUUAUCGUAUACAACAACAGACAACUUGUGAAAACAGUAGAUCCUAUAUAUAUUUUGAAAAUAUACGUAUAUAAAUUUAUUUUUUGUUUAAAACAUGUCCGUGGUACAAGGAAAAGUGGCUUUAAUAACCGGUGGUGCAGGAGGUAUAGGGUUUGCGUUCGCUCAAGAACUUUUACGAAAUGGAGCCAAGGGUGUUGAAUUAGUGGAUAUUGACACAGACUUACUCGAGAAUGUCAAGGAACAAAUUGUAAAGGAAUUUGGAUCAGAUAAAGUGGAUUUUACAAAAGCAGAUGUAGCUGACAAGAGUCAACUGGAAGUUGGUUUCAAGAAAGCUAUUCAAACGUUUAAUCAAUUGGACAUAGUCAUUAAUAAUGCAGGAAUUGGCGAUGAUGCUAACUAUGAGAAACAAAUACAAAUUAAUUGCAUCGGCGUUGUUCAUGGAACGUUAUUAGCGGUACACGAAUACCUCCCAAAAUAUAAAAGUGGAAAAGAGGGUUAUUUAAUUAACGUAUCUUCAGUGUGCACUCUGUACCCCGGCAGAGGUUUACCAGUAUACACCGGAACCAAAUUUUUCGUUUCUGGCUUCAGUCGCGCCAUAAGCGCAGACGUUUAUUACGAAAAAACGAAAGUCAAAAUUCUUACCAUUUGCCCCGGUCUUACCGAUACAGGCAUUUUAAAAAAAUGCAAAUGUCUUGGUCCUGAGUACACUGAAUUUUUUUUAAAAGAUAGCGAACAACUGCAGGGACAAAGGUAAGUAAACAAAAACCUAUACUAUCUAUUGUCUAUUCG